GGCCUUAGACGAAAAAGGAAGACCGGCCGGUGCCGACGUCAACGCAUCCGAAAAAUCAAAAUUCGAAUUUAUACUUCUACUACAGUUUACAACCUGCCAGUGUUAUGUGCUAUUUUAUUGUAGAAACACUAAGUUUUUAACGACUAAGUACGUGUUGCAAUCUACCGGUGUUCGUUGAGUCAUGAAGUUUUAGUGACGUUUUUUAUCGUAAAUUGUGAUAAUUAUUGAGAUAGUACGUUCCUAAUAAUUAUAGACAGUUUUAGAGUUGUUGUGUUAGUUGCAGUAUCGUUGGAUCGGUAAUUUUGAAAACAAAAGCGAUUUUGAAGACAAAAUGAAGCUCUCCCUUCUCCUCCUCUGCGGCCUACUGCCGUUCAUCAGAACAGAAGAAGAGAACCCGUUUCUGGACCUGGCGUCCUCCUUCAUCCAGAAUAUGGGGGAUGGCGAAGGCAUGGGGGCACUUGGGAGCAUCGUUGGAUCCCUGAUGCAAGGUCAAGAUGGAGGAAAUUCUGGAGACGUUCUAUCAGGAAUCGGAAGCCUACUUGGUGGGCAAGACGGCAAGAUUGAUCCAGCCAUGAUCGGCUCAAUGAUCUCCAUGUUUGCGCAAAUGAACUCCAACUCUGAACCCAAGCAGCUGCAGAAAAGGCAGAGUACUGAUGAGAAACCUGACUUGAACCUCGAUAGCAUCCUGGGCAUGGCGUCAGGUCUGCUUGGCAAUAAGAAUGUGGCGUCGCUGCUUCCGGUGGUAAUGAACACCCUGAACUCCCUAUCGAACCAGGACAACAAGGAGCUAGCCGACGGCCACAAGGACCAUGCUGACUUCUUGCCGCCAUUCUUGGAGAAACUGCAUCUAUAUUGGGACCUCUUCACUGAGUCUGAGCUGGGAAAAGUAAUCUGGGAGAAAUCCGGCCUGAAGCGGGCCCUAAAAGCCUUCACCGGCCCCGACGGUAACCUGAGCUUCGAGCUGAUGAUGAAGAGCUUCGAGAACCACUCCUUCAGGAGGCACUGGAUCAAGGCGGCCGCCAGAUACUUGACAGAUCUGGUGAUGCAGAUCGCCAAACCUGAGGUCUAUCAGAGAUACAUCGGCGCCGCUGAAUACAUCAUCAACAGCUUCCUGGACGCCCAGGGCCUGCCCCGAAGCACCCACUUCAAUGUUAAAGCCCCUGAGAAAUCCAUCACAGUGCUUCUGAACUUCGUUCUCAAGCGAUACAUGAACGUGGAUGCUGAUGUCGCGUCGUACGUCAAGCCAGCUGUGGAUUAUUUGAAGCAAACCCUCAAGAUGGCUCAAGCGACCUCCGCCAGCCUGGCUAGCCGUGGCGACUACAACGCCCUCGCAGACCGUGUGACGGACACCCUGAACCUAGAAAUCAUUGAACCAGUACUAAGAGUCUACAGGGCUUACAAGCAUUCUGUGGCUGCGCCGCACUGCCAGGAACAUCUGAUGUGUUUGGUGAACAGGCGUCAUGAUAAAGACAAACAAGGACUACCCGGCUUCAAGGCAGGGCUCACGAAGGUAGCCAGUAUGGCGGCGUCUGCCGCGCUUAGCUUCCAGAAUGGAAAAGGCUUCUGGGACCUUUACAACGCGAUCCAAACCGACGUCAACUGUGAGGCAAAGUACCCAGCAGACUGCGCUUCAUUCCACGAACACGAACUGAAAGUGACCACCGAAGUAUACCAUAGUGAAUUAUAAAUUAUAAACCAUAGUCGGUCAAACAAGCUUGUCAUUAGGAAAAGGCGCAAAAAUCUAAAUUUGUUUUAAAAAAAUAUAUAAAUGGGCCCACUCUUGGCCACAGACUAGCCAAAGGCAAAGACGUGGCCUACGAUGGAGUGAAAUAUUCGAGCUUACUAUUUAUUUAUUUUUAUUUGCCGCUUUUUUCUAGUGACGAAAAUAACUUGAUAGACUUUUAUAAGUAGCAAGUUGGCAACAUUAACCGUCAAAGCUUAUCGAAUUUAAACGUUAUUAAAUAGGACAAGAGUCGAUAUUCGCUUGCGAGAUUUCGUUUUUUUUUUAAAUUAGUACAGGGGACACAGUGCAUUGAGAUUGAGACGAUAAUAGUUAUUAUUUUAAUAAUUUUACAAGAAUAAUAUAUUUUGAUAAUGUAUUUAUAAAUAUGUUGACUAUGAUUUUUUUGUUUCUUUAGUUUUUCUAUGUAAAAUAUUAUUUACAUACGGUUUCAUAAGUUGCUGAUUGAUAUUUUCCAUUUUACCUAAAAUCUUAAUUUUUAAUAGGUAGGUAUGGAAACAAUUACUAUGUGACUGAAAUGAAUAGAUUUUAAUUAUUUACCUACUUAGCAGUAGGUAAUUAAGGGUAAAUUAUAUUUUUGCUGGACAUUGGUGCUAAUAUAUCGCAUAUUUUCUUUUCUUUCAUUCUUGCUAUAACUUUUACACAUCCUUUUUUUCUAUUAUAGACAUUUUAGGUAAUUACACUCAUUUAAAAAUCUUCAUUUCUCACAUACUUUUUAACAUUACAUUUUCUAACAAGUAAUUCUUUUUUUCAUAUCUGUUUGAUUAACCUUAAUUGUUAAGUACUCAUAUUAAAUGGUCAAUCAACUUUUUCUUGAUGUUAGCUUAUCUCGUUGUCUCUGACAUUUUGAAAAACUCUUAUUUAGUAGUUAAGUAAUACAUAUAACAAAAUCAUUGGGUACCUAAAAGAUACGGCACAUAAGUCAAAUUGAAUACUUACAAACUUUUGUUCAUUACAGAUACAAAUGUAUUGUAUUAUUUAUAUCCUGUAAAAAAAUCAUACGUCUUUGAAAAAUGCUAAAGAAAAGAAGUACCUACCUAAAGCCUAACCAGAAAUAUACGACUAUUGUCAGGAUGGCGCUGUUAUUCUGAUGUAUGGGGUGACAGUUCAGUUUAGUAUGAUGAAAAUAGUUCUAAUGAAAUUCCGCAACAUGGCGCGUAUACAUUUCUGGUCAGGGUACGUAGCCGAAUGGCACAAACGCUCAAGAAACGCUCAUGAAACGCAACGCUCGUGGAUAUAUAUCUCUAUAACUCGUGCGUAUUGGCGCCAGACUGUCUUUCGAGGCGUUUCGUUUUCGUUUCGCGUCGCAGAAAUGCCAUUCGGCUACGACACAUGGCAGGCAAUUAUGGUCGCGCGAUAAAUGAUAAAACAUCUGGCCAUCCCUAUCGCACUUACUAAUAGUGCGAUAGGGACGGCCUGAUAUUUUAUCGUCUAUCGCGCGACCAUGCUACCCGUGCUGGCUACUGUAAAAGUUCUUCAAGACUCAAGAGACGUAACCAUGUCGACGUACAAAACAAAGUUGAUUGACCUCAUUUUAGAAUCAUUUAUAAAUUUUAUAAGCGGUUGUGAUCGUGUAAAUAUGUAUCAGUGUAUCCCGUCCUAUAUUAUAAUAAGUUUAAUACAGUGAAAUAAAAUAAACAAGUGACUGAAAA